AUGGCGGCGGUGGUGAAACCGCGGGUCUUGAUCUUGGGAGCUGAUAAUUGCCUAGCUUUGGAUGUGCAUUCAUCUGGUCUUAUCUUACAUCCAGAAAGCAGAGAGUCAAACUAUCUGGGCAUGACUGGCUCAGUUUAUUUUGGAAUUUUUUGUGGUAAAGCAAACAUUGCUAAGAUGGAGCGUAUUCAAUACAGAGCUCUGAAAUUUGUGUACAAUGAUUUUCAGUCCAGCUAUCAAACUUUAUUGGAACGUGCUGGACUACAAACACUAGAGAUGUCCAGGAAUCGUGACUUACUUGUUGAAGUUUAUAAAAGUGUGAACAAACUUUCCCCAUCUUUUAUGUGGGAUUUAUACAAGGAGAAAAAUGUGCGAGUUGCUGAUAAAGUGCCGCCGCAAACAGCAUGGCUGAAUCCAAAACAUAAGGAAGUCUUUUCUAAGGUAGAGUUUAAAUCCGCAAAUCUUAUCAAUGAGGCAUCUGUAGAAAGAUGUUUCCAAGAUGACGAUGGUGAAUUCGAUAUCGUCGUGAAUGCCGCUGCAGAGACCAAAUAUGGGCAGUCGGAACCAGUGUACAAAGAUGGAAUAGUCAAACUGAGCCUGAAUUGUGCCCGAGAAGCAGCCAAAAGAAAAGUUAAAAAAUAUUUAGAAAUAUCCACAGGUCAGGUUUAUGCAGCAGAUAAGAAAGCUAGUGCGGAAAGUUCCAAAGUGUCGCCAUGGACGCACAUGGCCAAGCACAAACUAGAGGUAGAAAAAGAGCUUUCAAAAAUAGAUGGGUUGAAUUAUAUAAUUGUUCGGCCGGCAAUUACUUAUGGAUUAGGAGACAAAAAUGGAAUCAUGCCCAGAAUAGUAGUUGCUGCUAUUUAUAAACAUCUCAAAGAAACAAUGAAGUUAUUAUGGAGUAAAGACGUACGCAUGAACACUGUACAUGUAGUGGACGUCUGUCGUGCAAUAUGGCAUCUUACAAUGAAUGGGAAACGAGGUGACAUUUACAAUGUAGUCGACAACUCCAGUUCGACUCAAGGAACUAUAUCAGAUAUUAUAUCAAGGAUAUUUGAAAUAAAACACGACUAUCUUGGAUCUAUUGUAUCUAAUAUAGCGAAGAUUACUAUGCAAGAUGUAGUGGACGAAGGUAACGAAAAGCACAUGGACCCGUGGUCACGGGUGUGUGAAUCAGAGGGCAUCAUCAACACACCUUUAAGUCCAUUUAUUGAUCAAGAAUUAUUGUACAACAAACAUCUUCAUCUUGAUGGGUGUAAGCUGCAGAACACGGGGUUUACGCUGCUCCAUCCUCGUAUGGAGCAGGAACAAUUACAAGAGAUGAUUGACGACUACGUUGCUAUGCGUCUAUUUCCUGCAUCCCUGGUGAAAACUGCUCCCAGCUAAACCAUUUCCAGCUAUAUAGGUCAUUCUAGCUGGUUUUUAUCAUGUACUAUGGGUUUUUUAAUUAAAACUGCAAGGGGAGGAAUUAAACAAUGAACUAACAGUCACUGUGCCAAUUUCUGUAUGUACAUUUUAAGUGACACUAUGAUUAUGUACCUACAGUUUUUUUAAGUAGACAAAUGUACAUUUUAUUUACACUUUCCCUUUUUGAUUUUGUAAUGCAAG